CAAUGUGUUGGAAUAUGAGUUAAUGUUUAUUUUCAGAAAUGAUUCAAAAGACCUGUGUUAUUGAUCGCAGCAGCACAUGUUGCCUACGGUAGGCUAGCUAUAUAAACUAUGUAGGGAAUAUGCACAUGUGAGAAUCAUUCAACGUGGAGUAAUUAUGCUACAAACGACAUGGAUUGCAAUCGUUUUAGGAGUUUGGUCCUCUAUGUAUUUACUGGACGCCUUUUUAAAGUCACAUAAAUCCUGGAGCAGACAUUACAUCCACUUUUUGGAUAGAACUGGUCUAGCUAUCUCAAUCUGUCAGCUGCGAUGGUACUCCACGUUCCUCAAUCGUACAUUUGUACGUAUCGGUCAGUGGCGCCCAAAUUUUCUGAAGGUGUGGUUUACUUGUGGAGUGGUGUUUGGACUGCUGGCCAUGUUGCUGUCCAUGUUUCUGCUGACUUUACUUGUUAUCAAUACCUUCCGGAAACAGCCUGUGGAGCAACAAGUUCUCACUCCUGUGAUGCCUGGGAUAAACCUACCAGCCAGUCAGGUCUCUUACUACCUGUUGACACUGCUUGUAUGUGGUAUUCUACAUGAGGUGGGACAUGCUGUGGCAGCUGUUAGGGAACAGGUGCGUGUGAAUGGGUUCGGUCUGUUUCUGCUGAUUCUAUACCCAGGUGCCUAUGUUGACUUAUACACUGACCACCUACAAGUUGUCUCCCCUAUACGACAGCUCAGAAUCUAUUGUGCAGGGGUGUGGCAUAACUUUGUGAUUGUGAUAUUUUCUGUGAUUAUGUUGGUCCUUCUACCUUACCUGUGGAUACCUAUGUACACAUCGGGCAAUGCUGUUGCGGUCACCUAUGUUACACAGAAUUCAGCAGUGUCUGGUCCACGUGGCCUCAGUGUAGGGGAUUCCAUCACCAGCAUUAGUGGCUGUCGUGUACGUAACCUUGAUGACUGGACCAGCUGCAUCAGUGUUAGCAUGCGACAAUCCUCUCUCGGACACUGCAUGGCCAUCGACCUUGUGAAAAGUCUAGACACGAAAGAUCGAAAUUUAUCCAUUUCUGGAAAGUUAGAAUCCCUUGACUGCUGUAACGGCACCAGCAAUACUCACUUAUGUUUUAGAUUUCAUGUCAAAACCUCCCCAGAAAAUAAAUAUGCAUGCUUACCUGCAAGAUCAACAACAGAUCGGCCAAUGUGUAAGUUUCAGAGUGACUGCUAUAUCCCCAGUGUAGAUAUGGUAUGUGUUUACCCAGCCGUAGACAACCAUACACGACUACUUCAAGUACACCACAGCAGGAAGCCUCCCCUUCUCUUCCUAGGACAUCCCCUCGAUCUACACUACUCAGUGAGUCUGUCAAAUUUUGUACCAAGGUUUUCCUUUGUCCCAGCUGGAUUUCCUGAUGUGGUGGAGACUUUCAGCAAAUAUUUGAUAUCAUUGUCCGGAGCCCUUGUCAUCCUCAACGUAGUGCCAUGUUACGCCCUGGAUGGUCAAUGGAUCUGUAGUGCCUUUAUCGAACUGAGUCUGCGCUCCACCGUUCCAGACAGGGACACCAGAGGCAUUAUAUUUACUGUGAUACUUCUUUAUGGCACAGGACUUCUUUUUGUCAACGUCGUCAUAGCCAUGUGGACACUUUUCACCUAAUUGCAUCAUCACACUUGCACUGGUUCUACAAUCAGAACUGGAUUGAUCUCCUAACACACUAGUUGCAAUUUCCCUACCCACAGGACAGUUAAUCAUCAUCACUUUACAGGGUAUUCUUAUCACCUGUGA